GUGACGUGCUGUUAAGAUAUAAUGGCAGCGUGCUCUUAAUAGCAGGGAGGGGAUGGUUUAGCAGAGUGGCAAAGGGGCUGGGAGACAAGUCCUGCUGCAGUCCUCAAAAAGUGUACAGCUGUCAGAUACCUGGAGAAGAGGAAGGGCGUGCGAGAGCAAGCUGCCUCUGCUCCUGGUUGCCAGCUUCAGGGGUUUGUGACAUCGUGGCUCUUCAGAACGCCGGAGUCUGAGUGCAGCUACUGAAAAGUCACCCAGCUGUCUGUCUGGCAGGGAACGCUCGUCUCCUUUCAAGGGCUAAGAUAACAUCCAUGGGGCCAGCAAUAACUUACUUGAUGAAGUUCUGCAUAAAGGAGAAGAUGCAGUCUUGCACCCUUCUGACCUCCUCACAGCUGCACUGAUGGUUCAGUCAUGGAGAAUCUCCAUCACAGUCUCUGGGGAGGAUUUUUAGGAACAGCUAUUUACCCUUUGCCUGGAGUGGAGUGAAAGCCAUGCUGAGUAGACCAUUAAUGAGUGAAUGGGAUCUGCUGGGAAGGCUUGUCCUCACACCAUGACAACUGACGAGUCAGAAGCUGGAGAGUUAGCUCUGGAGCCCCUGCUCACUUGUAAGCUAUGUCUCUGUGAAUAUUCCCUGGAUAAGAUGACAACUCUUCAGGAAUGCAGCUGCAUCUUUUGUACAUCGUGCCUGAAACAGUACAUGCAGCUGGCAAUCCAAGAAGGUUGUGGUUCUCCUAUCACUUGUCCAGACAUGGUAUGCUUGAACCAUGGGACCCUACAAGAAGCAGAGAUUGCCUGUUUGGUGUCUGUUGAUCAGUUUCAGUUAUACAAGAGGCUGAAGUUUGAACGAGAAGUCCACUUGGACCCCCAAAGAACAUGGUGUCCUGCAGCUGACUGCCAAACAGUUUGCCAGAUUGCACCAAGUGAGUCAGGAGCUCCAGUGCCCGUGGCAUGCCCUGUUUGCCACCUGAUGUUCUGCUCCGCCUGCAAGGACGCGUGGCACCCGCAGCGCUCAUGCCAGGAAAACCAAAUCGUUUCAUUACCAACUGAGCAGGGGUCACUUAUUGGAACGGAGACAGAGGCACCAAUAAAGCAGUGCCCAGUUUGUAGAAUCUAUAUUGAACGAAAUGAGGGCUGUGCUCAGAUGAUGUGCAAGAACUGCAAGCACACAUUUUGCUGGUACUGUCUACAGAACUUGGAUAAUGAUAUCUUCUUAAGACAUUAUGACAGAGGCCCUUGCAGAAACAAGCUGGGCCACUCGAGGGCUUCGGUGAUGUGGAACAGAACGCAGGUUGUGGGGAUCCUCGUUGGACUGGGUAUCAUAGCAUUAGUGACAUCUCCCUUGCUGCUUGUGGCAUCUCCAUGCAUCAUCUGCUGCAUUUGCAAAUCUUACCGAAGCAAGAAGAAAAAACACAGCCCACCAACAACUUAAAAUCUGUCUGAGCCUCCAUCUGUAGAGCAUAUGUUUGUGAGAUAGCACAAUGGUUGUCUUUCAGUGCCAUACCUACCAAAUAGUAUGCCCUUUUUUUCCAGUUCUUGGGAUAAGUGCCCAUUCCUCACAGGCUACUCUGUCACUAACAAGUCCCAGUGUGCUAAAAGUCUGGAUUAUUUUGCAAUACAUGUGGCUAUAAGUUUUUGCUCUUUAAGAGGAAAAUGAGACACCAUUCAGUAGUUCAUACCCUUAAAUAUGAAACUGCUGGAACUUUACAAUCCUCUGCACAUGACUUGAUCUUGCAGUAUUGUCCUACCUUUGCAGACCCGGUUGUUAUUGUCAUGCUUUCUGUUGGCUCUUGGUAAGACUUUCUCAUAAAGUUUUGGGUAUUUUAUAAAAGGAGGAGAGGGAAACACCUGAUGAAGUUCUGUCUGCUAGCUUGUGUCCCCUUCAAGGUAACAAACUGUUAAGAAAAUAUAUUUGACAGUUUCCUGUCAACUGGUUGCCAUGGCAUUUCUUUCAGCAAUGAAAUCAAUUUUAUUUGUCUAUUGAUCUCAAUUAUGGAAUUGAAAUGCAACAAAAAUAUUUCUAAGAUAAGGCUCUCUUGAGAGACUGGACUACCUUGAGAAAGGCAUUUAAUUUU